AUGGGUCUUGACUUCUCAGACUUCGGUAAGUGGUACAGGGAUGAAGUCGGCGACGACGACGGUUUCGAGCACCAAACCUUCAAGGCUCGUGAGUACGCUGGCGAACGUACUCUAUUCGACAUCAACGGCAAGACGGAGCGUUUCAGCGACUCCACUGGUGCUAACUGGUACUACGCCGAAGAGACCAUGACUGUCGAGGACCUCGCUGCUGUUCCAGACAAUGUCAUCUGCUACGAUAAGCAUGGUCGCUUGAGCUUCAAUGGUCGACCCAUCACUUAUGUCUCUCCUAAGACUACGCCGUUGAACCUCUCCAAACCAUUACCCCCUACCCCAGGUUUCGACAACACCAAGGUGAUUCUCGAAGAUGUUGAAAUGCCUCAUGACAAUGGCUGGAAGUCUCAAAAUGUCAACCGCGUUAAGGGUGUUGCCUUUGACUACAUGUUUGCCGAUGCCAAUGAGACUGAGGCAAUCACAAUCCCUGAUGAUGAAGAUGAUGACUCUCUUCUCCCAGAUGACAUGGUCGACGAUGAGGACGAUGCUGUUCCAGAAGUUGUUGGGCCAUCUACUCCUCAAGUCGGUCGGCUGAACCACCAACCACGUGCAUAUGUCGUCAAUCAAGCUCUCGAACUCACUGGCCUCGACAUGUCAGCUGUGCAACCGGAUGCUUUCUUGCUCAAUGCAAUUCCAACCGCGACUACUCCUGUAAUCGAGAAUCACAUUCUUGCACUUAGCUCUAAAACUGCGGCUUCAAACUCUGUCAACGAACCACUUGACCCUGUCAAGGCCCAAGUGACCAACGUCUUCUUCAACGGUUCUGUCGAAGAGUCUCCAAGCCCUUACCACAUUCCCUUGCUUGACGGUGACACUGGCUUUGGUGAUAUUCGCGAAGACGCUGAAGACUUUCCUGAGCUUUGGAAGCAUAUUGAUGAUGAGAUCGCCCGCGAAGAGGCUGCGGCCGCUAAAGCGUCACAGCCAGAGAUCAAAUCCGACAAUGAUAUCUUUGGCCUUGCCAGCCGUGCCCAAGCCAGAAAGGCCAAGCAAGCUGCUGCAAUCACCAAUGCCACCGUCGUCCAGGAAUCCCCCGUUGUUAUUGACCUUACUGGCGAUGAAGACGGCUCCGAGACCUCCUCACUUUGCAAGAAGCGUCGCGCCCGCAGCUCCUUUGCCACCAAGUCAACCCACGAAGAGGGAAACAAUGAAGAUGAUGUCCAAUAUCUCUACACCAAGAAAGCCCGCAUUGCCUCCGGCAAGGACGAUGAUGAAGUCUUCGUCGAUCUACGUCCAUCAACUUACAGCCUGCUCACCCAACCUGAGGACGCGGACGUUGUUGUUGCUGAGCCUGUCCCUGAUGAUCACAUUCUACCUCGUAUCUGUGGUGAAGCCAAAGGGUUUUCCGGCCAAUUCCAGGGCAUGAGAACCUUUGAGCAGGCUGAACGCGCCAAGAAACUGAAUGCUCCGAAAGUAUCUACCUACUUUGGCCAGGCUUCCCACCUCAACAAUCUCAUUCUCCACAAAGACUUGCAUACCUGUCCUCAUUUCGAAACCACCGAAUACACCCCCGCUACCGCCCCAGCUGAUUCCGAUAUUGGUCGCUGCAUCAGCUAUGCCAGCACCAAAACGGAGGAAGCAGCAAACAUCAAGCGUUCUCCCAGCGCCGAGUUCCUUCGCCGUGAAGCUCAUCAUGAAUGCACAAUGGCCAGACUCCAGGGCACUGCUGUUGGCAAAUACCGCUACUUCGAAGGACAUAUGACCAUUGAGGAAUAUCACGAAUGCAGAAUGUGCAUCUGCUGGGAGCUAUCGAGACCAACUGCCGCUGAGCAGUACUUUGCCGCUGAGCAGUACCUUGCCGCUGAGCAGUACCUUGCCGCUGAGCAGUACCUUGCCGCUGAGCGUACCUUGCCACUGAGCAGUACUUUGCCACUGAUAUGA